AUGUGGGCAACAGGUACAACACAUAUGAUUGCUCGUUUAACAAGUUCAACAUUAUUUGCUAAUCAUAAUGUUCUAUCAAUGUUUGGAUUUGAUCAUCGUCUAGCAUCUACAACAAGUCAAAAAACACCAUCAUCAUCGGAUAAUGUUGAAGAAAGUUGGCAUGUAGUAGCAAGAUUACGAGAUUUACGUGCUCGUACUCCUUAUGCACUUUUUAUUAAAGAUAAUUAUACUGAAACAAGUAAAAAAUAUCCAGAUUUAAAAAUGAUCGAUAUUAGUAAAAAAAUUGCUGAAGCAUGGAAAAGUUUACCUGAUGAUAAAAAACAAACUUAUAUAAAAUUAUCACAAGAUCAAAAAGCUAUUUAUGAAAAAGAAAAAAAUCGUUUAUCACCAACUGAUUUACAAAAUGUUGAUGCCGAUGAAAAAGCUCGAAGAAUUGAACAUCGUGUUAAAAAAAGUAUUCAACAUUUACCAACAAAAAAACCACGUACAGCAUUUGUUCAUUUUAUGUUAUCACUUGAUCGUGGCAAUGCUGAUUUACGUGAUUUUAUGAAAGGAGCAUCUCAACGAUGGUCACAAAUGCCUGUACAAGAUAAACAAAAAUUUGAAGAUCUUUAUCAAGAAGAAAAACAACAAUAUAGUAAAGCUUUGGUUGAUUGGGCUGCACACAAUAAUGAAGUAUUAAAACCAAAAAUUCGACGAUCUUCAUCAUCGACUUCUUCGAAAAAACAAAAGAGUACUGAAGCAAAAGAAACAUCACCAAUUCGCAAAAGAGCAGUGAAAAAGAAAACCAAUGAUUCUACAAAAUCGACUGUUUCCGUUGCAAAAUCAUCAACUGCAAAAAAGUCAACUAAAGGAACAAGUGAUAAGGAAAAAUCAUCAUCUUCAUCAUCUGAUGAUGAACUAUCAUCACGAAUGAAAAAAUCAAGCAAAACAACCGAUUCAAAGAAAUCAUAA